CAUUUUAUGAUGAUGGUGAUAUAGUAUUAAAUAGAAUGGGAAAAACUUUAGUACCCUGGCAAUCACAUAAAAUCGUUAGAAACAGACCUUCCAAAGGAAGAUCAUAUACAUAUUGUGGUGCGUUAGGUCAUAAUAGAAGAAAAUGUCCUUGGGCAAAUAAUCAAGCUGGAGAAGCUAGAAUAGAUGAAGGUCAUAAAAGAGCAUUGAUACAGGGUCUUAAUAAAUUUAAAAAUAGUCCCAAGUAUAAAUUAAAACAUAAAAUAAUACCAGAAUUUAUGAUUAGAAAU